UAUCAAAAGCUUUUUGGAAAACAACAAGUACAUCACAUACAAAAUAUUUAUUAUCAAGAGUUUUUUUAAUUGAUUUGGUGAUCUCAUAAGUGUAUUGUGAAUUGUUGAGUGAUUGCCUCAAAAUCCAUAAUGAAGUCGCUUAAAUUUUUCCAGGAAUGCUAAAAGCCUGCAUUGCAAAAAAGAGUGAUAGAACUGAAUUACGAUGGGUUGCACAAGAAACAAUUGUGUAGCAAUUGAUAAAAGUAAUGCUUGCAGGAAUGCUUUUAAUUGGUAUGUUGCAAAUUAUCACAGACCAGAAGAUACUGUUUUACUUGUUCAUAUUCUUAAGAUGUCUAAAAUUUCAAAUAUUAAUCCCGAACAAGAACUCAAAAAGUUUCAUAAAAGUGCACAAAAAGCUAAAGAAGUUGUUGCGGCGUAUGAGACAAUUUGUGAGGAAAAUGAGAUUAAGUGUUUAACUGUUAUUGAAAAUUACAGUAACUGUACAGGAAGUUCGAUUUGCGAUGUAGCUUCGAAACAUGCCGCUGAUGUUAUUAUUGUUGGUAAGCGUAACUUAAGUACUCUAUCAAGAUUGACAUUAGGAAGUACCAGUAAAUAUAUUUUACACCACUCAUCUGUACCUGUAGUUAUUAUAUCAGAAGAAUACUCAAUGUGAGUAUGAAGUUAGUUAACUAUUAGUUCAUUUUCUGUAACUCAAAUAAUCAGUAACAACUCUUGAGUU